AUGGCACCCGACGAUGACUCAAACCAUAAUCAAACGCCCCCGAGCAACAACACUUCUUCUCGGAGCACUCGGCAAUGGCCGGACGACGAUAACCCCUUCGUUUCAUUCCGUCGUUACGCAGACGAGCAGAUCUCCUCCAUGCUGCAAUCCGUCAUGGGCCUCCCGUCAAUGGUCACCCCACCAGUGCCAAACCGAUGGAGCAUCUUCGCGAACGACUCUUACAACGAUGCGAGACGAUCAAGGGAGAAGAGUAACUCGGAAGACGGCGCAUUGUCGAGACCAGACAAUUCCCUCGAUGCGUACCGCUACUGUAACCGCUGGUGGAACGGAUUUGUCGGAUUCCCGGGUUUCUGGCGGUCUGAUUUCGAUGAUGUUUUCCCGUUUGGGUCCCGGUUUAUGCUACCGUUCUUUACCUCGUUUGACGAGGGGUUCGACGAUACUGCUUCUUGGCCCGGGGCAUACUUACUAUUCAGUCCGUACUCGCCGUUGAACCUGGAGGGGUCCUCUCGGGGCGGACAGCGGGAGGGCGGUGUUUUCUCCUCGUUCAUGUCGUCCUUGAGGAUCGCUGAUGGCAAUAAGGAUGCUGUGCAAAACGAGGCCGAACCCCACUGGCACAAGGCGUUCGAGGACCUUUUGCGAUUGGAGAAUGGACAACAGAUGCUGGAGCGGGAAUCUGGGACUGAUGCAGUGAGUAAGAAAGAAACCGGGAUGGAUUGGUUGAAAGGCAUGAUUCAACGUGGUAGUCUGGGUGACGGAUGGAAGUGGCAGCAGUCAGACGAUGACAUUAACAAUGGAUAUGUCAUGCUUGAGCGUGGUCAGCUUCCUCGUCCGUCCGAGCGAGCUGCUGAGAAUGAGCAUGAGAAGAGGGAUGAUAUGGCCCUGACUGAACAGGAUCUGUAUGAGAGAUUCCUUGAAGGACUCGAGAGACGCGAGCGCGAGUUCUCUAGAAUGUUUGAUGAGAGUCGUACUCUGCGUUUCCUUUUGGGAGACCCUCAACGCAAAGAGGAGCUUCUUGAACGCCAGCGCAGACUCCCAGAGGAGACUGACAACCGGGCCGGGUUGGAUACUGUGAUUGGUGAAACCAACAAGACCCCUGCCCUGGGGAUCUCUCAACCUCUUACAGAACAAGCCACAACCGAACCUCGUGUGGUCUCCACGCAUACGAAUACAAGACGAACUCGAAUGGUGGACGGUUCCAUUCACACGAAGACUGUCAAGACGCAGCGUUUCUCUGAUGGACACGAGGAGACUAACGAGUCCGUCGACGUUGUGAAUUCGCCUGAGCAACGUUCCACCUCUGACCAGAGCGGUGAAGAGAACGCUAACAAGGGCUGGUUCUGGCGGUGA